GAGCUAGUUCUUAUGGACAUAAUACAAGUGCACAUGGCUACAGACUCACACCAACUCCACUUGUCCUAUAAAUUAUUAGAUGGACCACUCCAUCUAAUAAUUUGUCUAUCUAAUAACCUCUCCUCUCAUCCGCUAAUGAAACAAAAGAGCUAGUGGGUGGAGAGAGAGAGAGAGAGAGAGUCGUGGGGGAUGAAUGACGGCAAUGGCAGGAGAGAAGGCACAAGAAAUGGAGAGAUUAGAGAACGGCAGAGCAGCGGAGCCAGCAAUCAAGUACAGGGGAUGGAGAGUGAUGCCAUAUGUGAUAGGAAAUGAGACAUUCGAGAAGCUGGGGACCAUCGGCACGUCGGCGAACCUUUUGAUCUACCUCACCACCGUCUUCCACAUCAACAGCGUCACCGCGGCCACCACCCUCAAUAUUUUCAAUGGAACCACGAAUUUAACUCCCCUUCUCGGGGCUUUCCUCUCGGACGCGUACUUCGGCCGAUACAUCACUCUGGCAUUUGCUACCGUUUCUUCCCUACUGGGCAUGCUCAUCCUUACCUUGACUGCUGCAAUUUCCAAGCUGCACCCUCCUGAAUGCUUCCAAGGCCAAUCAUGCAUGGGUCCUUCGCCAGGCCAGCUUGCAGUCCUCCUUUGCAGCUUCGGGCUGCUGGUAAUCGGCGCCGGAGGAAUCCGGCCAUGCAACCUACCCUUCGGUGCCGACCAGUUCGACCCCCAUACGGAGUCCGGAAGGAGAGGCAUCGACAGCUUCUUCAAUUGGUACUACUUCAGCUUUACGUUGGCCAUGAUGAUUGCCUCCACGUUGAUCAUCUACGUCCAGAGCAACGUGAGCUGGGCACUGGGCCUAGGCAUCCCCACCAUCCUCAUGUUCUUCUCCUGCGUCCUCUUCUUUAUGGGGUCCAGGCUCUACGUCAAAGUAAGGCCUGAGGGAAGCCCCUUCACAAGCAUUGCUCAAGUUUUGACAGCAGCAUUUAGAAAAAGAGGGCUGAAGCUGCCUGCUGACUCCAAGACAUCCCUCUUCAACCCUCCCCAUCUUAGUGCUCUUGUCACCAAGCUUCCCCACACGGAACAAUUGAGGUUUCUUGAUAAGGCUGCGAUUGUGACGACUGCAGAUGAAAUCAAGCCCAAUGGCUAUGCUGCAAAUCCAUGGAGAUUAUGCAGUAUCCAACAAGUUGAAGAGGUAAAAUGUCUCGCAAGAAUCAUUCCCAUAUGGUCCACGGGCAUCAUCUUCUACCUCGCGAUCGUUCAAGAAACAACUUAUGUGAUCUUUCAAGCCCUUCAAGCUGAUAGGCGUUUUGGGAAGAGUAAAUUUCAAAUACCAGCUGCUUCUAUCAAUGUAUUUGCCAUGCUGGCAUUAACAAUUUGGGUGCCUAUUUACGAUCGCAUUUUAGUCCCACAACUUCGAAGAAUCACCGGGAGAGGAGGGGGCUUAACACUACUACAAAGGAUGGGAAUUGGAAUCAUUCUCUCCAUAAUUGCUAUGGUAAUCUCUGGAUUGGUCGAAGAACGGAGGAGGAGUUACGCCCUUCACCGGCCGAACCUUGGGACUACACUGACUGGCGGUGCCAUCUCAUCCAUGUCUAGCUUUUGGUUGGUGCCUCAGCUUGUGCUUUUGGGUGUUGCUGAGGCUUUUAAUUUGAUCAGUCAAAUCGAGUUCUACUACAAGGAAUUUCCUGAGAACAUGAGAAGUGUUGCUGGGGGUCUGCUCUUAAGUGGUAUUGCAUGUGCUAAUUACUUGAGUGGUUUCAUGGUGACAUUAGUCCAUCGAACAACUGGCCACAAUGGGAAAGAAAAUUGGUUGGACGGAGAUCUAAACAAGGGAAGAUUGGAGUAUUUUUACUACUUGAUUGCUAUAAUUGGAGUUCUCAACUUCAUGGUUUUCAUUGUUUGUGCCAAGUGGUACCGAUACAAAGGCCUAGAAGAUGGCUCUGAGAUUGCCUUGGAAAAAAGCAAAUUAAAACCUUCCCCUGCUUCAAUUAAUACUUGAGAUGAAGAUUAUUCUUGUCUGUAUGUUGUGUUUUAGUUGUUACAAUACCGGUAAGGACAUAAAUGAAACAGAUCAAUGAUGAUGUAUUUUAAUUUUUUUUUUUCCUGCACAUUUGUAUGGUCGCUAGCCAUUCUCUGUCCCAUUCCUUGUACGUGUUUAGAAGGUCAGAGGAAAUCAAACCCAUCUUGCAAAAAGAAAACCUUCUUAAUGUUAACAAGCCAUUCAUAUGUUUCUUUG